AGUUUAAUACUACAUGUAAAUCGCUUUUCGGAUUUUCAUUGUUCUUGUUGUGUUGUGUGAACGAUGGCAUCUCAUUUCUCCCAUGCCUAGAACAGGAGGAACCUGCCCUGGCCGAACCCGAAUCCCAUCUUCCAUCUUGCAACUCCCCUUUUCCCCUAAGCAUCGGUCGUGUAUCCAGAGCGCCGGUUCUGCUCGCGCAGAUGCAUAUACAAACCCAAAAAGCUCAUGUCCUGGUAUCUCUCAUACGCUCAUGCCAUCAUAACGCAGCCUCUGUCAAUUCCAAGUUCCCAAAAAGGGACGUAUGUAGUGAUAGUAGACUACUUAAAGUCUCACAGCAGCCAUUCCUAGCAGCCUGUGCACGUCGGUUUCUUUUCGUUUUUUUUUUCUUUGUCUUUGUUUUGGGUGAACGAACACUUUCUCCACUUUGAAGCCGUUCCCCGGAGUCUACCCACCGUGGGUUGCCCCCAUGUUCAAUCAUUUGUUCGCUCGUGUGCCGUCUUUACGUU